ACACCCAUCAGCCACGUCAUCUCUCUCAGCGCCUCAAGAACUCUCCGGGCCUCCGGCUUCACCGUCACUGCAGCGCUCCUCCAAAUCUCGCCGGAGCUCUUCCUCUCCUCGCCGAACUCCACCAUCUUUGCAAUCGCCGACUCCCACAUCUCCAACGCCUCUCUCCCUCCUCACCUCCUCAGAGACCUCCUCAAAUACCACACCUCCCCGAUUAGGGUUUCGAUCGAGGACCUGAUGGAGAAGCCUCAAGGUUCUUGCUUGCCGACUCUGUACCGGAAAAAGAGCCUCGCGGUCACGAGAAUUGAUCGGAAGAAUCGGACGGUCCAGAUCAACCGGGUUUGGGUCUCGCACCCGAACCUGUUUCUAGAAGGAUCCAUUUCGAUUCACGGCGUUCUUGGCCCGUUCGCGGCCGUGGAUCCCGAAUAUGACGUCAUUCACGCGCCUGUGUGCGACUCCAAUUCCAGCGUCGUUUCUGGUUCUGGUGGAUUGAAGAAGAACAAGAAGAAGAGCAAUGUGGAAUGGGGUCGGAUUAUUAGGUUGCUGAGCUCAAAGGGUUUUGUGCUGUUUGCAAUUGGGCUGCAUUCUGUUCUUGAUGGGAUUCUUGAAGAUGAGAGAAAUGUGAGCUCUGUGACGAUUUUUGUGCCACCAAGAUAUAUCAAAUGAUGACUUCAUAAAUGACUGACUGAAGUAGAUACAUUACCUG